AUGGUUGACAUGGUUACAAGAAUGCCAGCUCGCCUUAUCAGAUACCGCGGAUUCAACGGAUUUCCAGGAGAGAAAGAAGAAGACGGACCAACUACAGAUGGACAAAACAAAGAAGUCGGUCUUACAGGUCAGCCAAAUCUCCGUGAAGGAGGGGAAUCAUCUGGACUCCCAGGAGAUCCAGGAUUCAAGGGAAAAGCAGAAUAUCCAGGACAAAAUGGACUUGCAGACGGUGAUAGACUCCUAAGAAUAUCCAAGACGGCGAGGACAAGAAGAUCUUUCAGAAUUUGCCAAGAGAAAGAACAAUCUGAACUACCAGUAUUUCUAGGACAACCAGGACAAUCAGUUCCAGAACCAGUCGGAUCACCAGUAACACCUGAUCUUCACGAAAAGGACGGAUUCGAGUGA